AUGGCGUGGAAUUCAAGCUUCCUAGUCCUAAUGGCCUCUUUGUAUCUCAUGAACCUCGCUAUUGCUAAAACUCCGUGCAAGACAAAAGUUAGCGUACCUGGAAUGGCUCUAAAAGGAUUCGUCUUUAAAAAGGUCCCAGUAUCAUCUCCUCAUGUGUGCGAUAUCACCUGCGAGAGGGAAACGAUAUGUCAAAGCUACAACUAUGUAAUUGGCGAAAAGUCCUGUGAAUUGAACUCCCGAACCAAGGAAGCAAGGCCCGAGAAUUUCCAGCCAGAUGAUUUACGCUUUUACAUGGGACGCAUUAGUGGUAGAAGUAUGUAUCCGGUUUAGUUUAUUUUAAAUACAAAUCUUUCUCAAUGAGUUCUUAGUAAAAACCUGCCACAUUCUGGGAGCAAGUGUCUGAUUGCUUUAUUAUUAAAUACACUAAUAUCAGCUAAAAAUUCACGGAUCUUCAUUAUUAUUAUUCUGUGUUUAUCUUGCCCGGACAAAUAUAUUUUCAACUCUAAUCUGUAUUGAAACUUCUAUUACCCUUAAACUAUAUAUUAAUGAAGUCAUGUCUACAUCAUAGCCCCCUUAGGAUCUAUUCCCGAACUACCAGCGUUAUCGUGCCAAGAAAUAAAAUUAAGUGAAGGUAAAGACAGCAUCAGUAAAAAGUAUUGGUUGGAUCCAGCUAAUGUCGGGAGUUCAGAGUUGGUUUACUGCGACAUGAUUUUGGAAGGUAAGUCAGUAUACCAAGAACAGAAUUUACACAGUGUUUGGUAUGCCUUUGUCCUUGCCUUUUGUGAAAUGUUUUCACUAUGUCUCAGAAAUUUCUUCGAUUAAUUUCCAAAUAGACAUCGAUGAAUGCAAAGGCAGCAAUAACGUUACUUGUGACGAAAAUGCAAACUGCUCCAAUACUGUUGGGUCUUAUAAUUGCACCUGCAAAGACGGAUUUACUGGGGAUGGUCACUCGUGCUCAGGUAAAAUAGUUACAGACAUACCGAGGUACAAUGUUUAAUUUUUUUCUCGUCCAAAAAACACUGAAGGUACAUUUGAGCUAUCUACAAUCGAGUGAGUGAAUAAUAGAAUAAUAAUAGCUUGCAUGCUAUAUCAGUGGAUCCUUAGCAUUAAACAAAGUAACUUAUUAAGUAAUUUUUCUUUCUUUUUUUAAGCAGCAUUACCCAUAUAUGUUUAUGCACGGAGUUGCCAUGAUCUACAUCCGGUUUGUUUCAUAGCCAUCAUGUUAGGAGAUGUAAAAAAAACCGUUGGAGAAGAGAAUAUAAUAUCUAGAUUCCAAGUUUCAAAAAAUCUAGUUCAUUAAAGACAAAAAAAGAGAAAGGUUUUUGUUAAUAUUUGAAAUGAUUAAAGUAGUUGCAAAUCAUUAGGUGGCAAAAAUAAAGUGCAAAACACAUUUACGCUUUCUCAGAUAUUGACGAGUGUAAAGGAAAUCACUCCUGUCACGUGAAUGCUAAGUGCAAUAACACCCUUGGAUCACAUAUAUGUGAAUGUCAGCCUGGAUAUACUGGAAAUGGACGAAACUGCACAGGUGAAUUUAAUUUCUUCGUUACAAUAUUUACAAUAGGCCUGCAUGACACGUUUAACUACGGCGCCGCACCAUUCAGCCACGAUGCAAGACAAUUAUAUAAUUUAUUACUCAUAACUCGUUAUGAUUUAGGCAGCCGUUUCUCAUGUUAAGAACCUCUUAGAUAAUGUCCCUGACUUUUAAAUGAACAAUUUUGGUGACUGAUGCACUGUUAUUCUGCUUUUAAAUAGACCUUAAAAAAGUUAUUGACAAAGGAAUGAAAAUAAAAUCGCUCGUUUGGCUCUGAACCCUGUGCACAUGAUAGAUAUGUACGUGACUUUCCAUGGCACUACGUUUUCGUUGAUAUAUUUGAGAGAAAAAAGUUGAAAAUUAUCAUCAAGUUUUAUAAAAUAGUCAAGAUACUACAAGCGUCCCGAUUGGUCAAAAUUAAUUGUUAUAGGGGGCAAGUUUCUAAAGAAACUUUGGUGCUCCGUCGGUGGGAGAGUAUAGCAGAUAAUUUAGUUAACAACUGAGUUCAAAAUAUAAAUUGGCCACCGUAAAGAGUAAAAAAAGCUAAUCAGCCUUUUUACUCUUUACGGUGGCCAAUCUACGUUUUCAACCCAGUUGUGGACACUAAAUUACCAACUUUUGAUUAUGUUUUAAAUGAUUUAAAAACCUUACACAAACUUUAAUGUGAUGCAGACAUGACUCUCCGUGGAUCUUAAAAACCCUAAAAGAAUCUCUCCAAGAUUCCUUCAUAAAAAGAGCAGUUAUGAUCAAUCAAACUUAUUUGACUUACGCAAGCCAAUGGGCCUUUUGAUUACAAAUAAUUGGAUGAUGCUAGUAGGCAGAGAGUUAUUACACACUCCUAGGAAAUAAUUGGGUACUAGCGAAUACUUCUGGGCUGGUAUCUCUGUGUGGGAGCUGAGGAUCAAAAAUGUCUUAAACGCAUUUGGUAGCAUUCAGUUGAGCCGGUAAAAUCAACUCAGGCUUUGAUGGGCGAUUAAAGCAAGAGGAAACGUAAUUCUUCAUAAAGCUAUCAUUUCAUUUUAGUUCCUUUGUGCAUCAUCAUUGUCUAACCCAAAUUCAUCAAAACCUGGGUGACGCUAAUAGAAAGAGCAGUUAAGCUACAUCAAAAUUUGGUAAGCUGUUUUGUGAAGUGCUUGCGUCUAGGACCCAAGAAAACAAGACUAAGGUUUCUAAGCUUAUGCUCGGCAACUUCUUCCCAAUUGCAUAUUUUAAAAUUUAUUCUUUUUUUAUGUUAUCAUUUUACAGAUAUUAACGAGUGUAAAGGAAAUCACUCUUGUCACGUAAAUGCUACAUGCAUGAACACCAAAGGAUCGUAUGUCUGUACUUGUCACCCAGGAUAUACUGGAAAUGGAAGCGACUGCACAGGUACUUGAUGCAUUUCUUUUGAAACCAUUUCCAUCAGAAAGAAAGGCACUAUCAUAUUUGCGAGACUUGUUUUAUCAGCAUACCUUGUAUUGACCCUUUCACUCCUAAGAUCUCAUUAGUAAUUCUCCUUACUGUCUACCAUAUAAUUCUUAUGAAGUCAGUUCUAAGAAUUUGGUAUUGAAUCAACUGAUAAUCCUCGAGCUGAUAUUUUUCCUUAUUCUCGUCACUUGUCUGUUCGAUAUUGUAAUGAUUUGGUGAGGAGAAUUUCUUUCUUGGUCAUUAAAGGGAGUUAGGUGGUUAAGUAAACAUUCAGUGCAAGGUAAAAAAUCUCGACUGGUAAAGGGAGAUUUGAUAGACAGGCUUACAGGACAGAACAACGGAUUUGAACUUGGGGGGACCGAGAUAAAAAAUCUGGUGAGUGGUAAUGUGAAGUGUUUGCGUCUAGAACCACAAGACAACAACUAGGGUUUCUUACGUCAUGAUCGGAGACUUUUUUACAAUUACAGAUUUUUUUUUUUUUUUUUUUUUUUAAGUCAUGUUUAUGAUUUUACAGAUAUUAACGAGUGCAAAGGGAAUCACUCGUGUCACGUGAAUGCUACAUGCAAGAACACCCUUGGAUCACAUGUAUGUCAAUGUCAUGCUGGAUAUACUGGAAAUGGACAAAACUGCGCAGGU